CUGACCUUGGAGCGGCGGGAGACCGGCGGGACUUGCAGCAUGGCGGCGGCGGCGGCGGCGGCGGCGGCUGGCGAGGCGCGCCGGGUGCUGGUGUACGGCGGCAGGGGCGCGCUGGGCUCGCGAUGCGUGCAGGCCUUCCGGGCCCGCAACUGGUGGGUUGCCAGCAUCGAUGUGGUGGAGAACGAAGAGGCCAGUGCUAGCGUUGUUGUUAAGAUGACAGACUCAUUUACUGAACAGGCUGACCAGGUGACUGCUGAGGUUGGAAAGCUCUUGGGUGAAGAGAAGGUGGACGCAAUUCUUUGUGUAGCUGGAGGAUGGGCUGGGGGCAAUGCCAGAUCCAAGUCUCUUUUCAAAGCCUGUGACAUGAUGUGGAAACAAAGCAUGUGGACGUCCACCAUCUCCAGCCACCUGGCCACCAAACACCUUAAAGAAGGGGGCCUCUUGACCUUGGCCGGUGCGAAGGCUGCCCUGGACGGGACUCCUGGGAUGAUUGGCUACGGCAUGGCCAAGAGUGCUGUCCACCAGCUCUGCCAGAGCCUCGCGGGGAAGAACAGUGGCCUGCCUCCUGGGGCCGCCGCCAUCGCCUUGCUCCCGGUUACCCUGGAUACCCCGAUGAACAGGAAAUCAAUGCCUGAAGCUGACUUCAGCUCCUGGACACCCUUAGAAUUCCUAGUUGAAACCUUCCACGACUGGAUCACAGGGAAAAACCGACCCAGCUCAGGAAGCCUGAUCCAGGUGGUAACCACAGAAGGCAAGACGGAGCUCACCCCGGCUUAUUUUUAACUUCAUCUCCAAGCCUAGGAGGAGCCUGCCAAAGGGGUUGCUAACCUGUCUCCACCCUCCCAUGUCUGGCCCUGUGUGUCCUGUAGUCCUGUUUGUGGUUUAAAGUAGCGAGUCCUGUUUUCUGUCUCCUCUGUGCAUCUGUUUUGGACAGUGUAAUGUGUUUAUGUGAACUAGCAGGUGUGAUUAGAGGCCUGCAUUUCCAGUAGCACCAUCAAAACCGCAUGGGGAGGUCUCCAAACAGCCUUUCCGCUUUGAUGCUGUGUUGGAUCGCUCUGGAGACUCAUCUGCCCCCGACAGCGGCUGUGAUCUUCACUAGUGCAGUGAUUUGUCGGUAUCUGGGGCAUUUUGAGGGCCAAGUUACCCUCAAAUGCUGUGUUUGUGUCAUAGAUGUAGUUUUAGUGGCCUUGAAUUAAACUGCCUUAAAACUCUUUUUGUGGUGUGAGCAAAAUCCUGUGGACUGUGCCGUGGUGUCUUUUUUUGUGCAGUUGCCAACUGUAACCCGGCCAGGAGCUACCUGUACAAGAGAACUACUCGUGAGUCUUGGUGGAGUGUUUUUUUUUUCUCUAAAUAAAUUCACUUCACUUA